AUGUUCCGCAACGUCCUUCGAGCUGUGAUUCCCAACGCUCCCAAUCUCCAACACAUAUGCCUGCAAACAUGCGCCAAGUACUACCUGGGCUCCUUUGAAGAUUUGAUUUCAGGCACUGCUCAUCCUCACGAUCCUCCCUUCGACGACGAUCUCCCUCGUCUGCCUACCCCCAAUUUCUACUAUACUUUAGAGGAUAUUCUAUUAGAAGAGGUCGAGAAAAAGGACAGCUUUACAUGGUUUGUCCUUCGCCCUAGUUGCAUCUUUGGCUUCUCAGCUUUCAGCUUGAUGAACAUCAUCGGAACUCUCUGCGUCAAUGCCGCUAUCUGUAAACACGAGGGUAAGCCUCUCAGGUUUCCUGGGACUCAAUCUACUUGGGAUCUUUACUCUGAGGCUUCCGAUGCCGAUCUGAUCGCUGAACAUCACAAAAGGGAGCGAUGGAGAGGCAUCGUCGGCAGAGAAGAAGGGAGCGAUGGAGAGGUUCAGAUUUGGGAAUUUGCAUAA